AUGGCGCCUGAAGGGGCCUCCCAGCAAGGCCGCUGGCGCCUCGGCCGUCUCUUUGGUGGCAACGCCGAUGCCCAAGGCGAAGGCGACGGUGAAGGCCAAAAGCCUGGGCCUGAGAGAUGGAGUAUGGGAAUAUUAAACGAUCCGGAAACCGUCGAGGUGCCAGGCUCUGUUCUGUUGCUUGCUAGUCAUCGCAACGAGCCUCUCGGCCUCCGCAAUGUUCAUGCUCGCACUUCCCAUUCCUCCAUUCCAGCCGGCUUCCCCGUCGAGACUCCCAUGACACCCGGCGGCACUCAUCCACUACCCUGGUCGCCAUCGUCGCCAUCUUCUGCCCCCGAGAAGCCGGCCGAGGAAGCUCAAGGCAAGAAGAAGACGGGAGAUGGUAAGAUCAUCUUGGACCCGCAGCCAGAAGAUUCCACCAACGAUCCUCUCAACUGGCCCACCUGGCGCCGCGAUUGCGCUCUCCUAUCCCUGGGCUUCUACUGCAUGAUUGGAGGCGGUAUUACGCCCAUCAUUGCAGCAGGAUUCACAAACGUUGCCCACGACUUAAAUGUUUCCGUCGAGCGUGUGCCGCUGACUACAGGUCUUUAUAUGAUGGGCUUGGGCAUGGGCUCUGUCAUUGCCUCUCCCACAGCCAUCCUGUUCGGUAAACGGCCGGUAUACCUUGCCGGUGCCAUUCUUCUCAUCGGUACCAGCAUCUGGUGUGGAUAUUCACCUAGCUUCCCUUCUCUCAUUGCCGCCAGAGUCUUCCAAGGCGUUGCUGUUUCUCCGGUAGAGUGCCUGCCGUCCGCUACCAUUGCCGAAAUUUUUUUCCUUCACGAGCGCGCAUACCGCAUUGGAAUCUAUACCCUCUUGCUCCUGGGAGGCAAGAAUCUCGUUCCUCUCGUCAGCGCUGCCAUCAUUGGCCGCUUCGGAUGGCGAUGGGUUUUCUUCAUUGUUUCCAUGAUCGUGGGACUUGGAUUUGUACUCCUGUUUCUCUUCGUCCCGGAGACGUUCUGGGACAGAACGCCAACACGAAGAGUUUCGAAACGACCUAGCUUCCUUCGCCGACUCUCAUCACGCCAUGCUAAUCCGGCCCACGCCUCUGCAGGACCAGCAUCUGCAGGCCCUCUCUCUCCUCGAGGCAAAUCACCGGCUCGCUCACCCUCUCCUGGCAGGAUUGAGCGACGCAGAGACAUACAUGUCGAGUUCACGCCAGACCAAAAGGUGGAAGGUUUCUCAAAUGAUGCCCAUAAAGCCAUUGAAAGGAACUCAGCAGCGCCGUCUGGAAGUCAUCAUGUGGGAUUCGCUUUAGAAAGCGACAAAGCGGAGGAACACGGCCAGGAAGAUGCACCUCGCCGCGACACUUCGCGUGGGCCAUCAAUCCAUAGUGCUCGAGCCUCCAUUGCGUCUCCACGGGCCAGUAUCGCUCCCGACCGCGGCCGAUCGGUCCCUCAGGCCUCUCCUCCUGCUCAGAGCGCUGCCGAGAGUAUGAUGGUUACCGAUUAUUACUCGACCGCGCCUAAUCUCGACAACGAAAAGUUUCCCUCGUGGAAACUCAGAGCGCCCCCGAAGAUUAAGGCUUAUACGCAUAACCUCCGCAAUCAACCUACCCAGACCUUUAUUCAGCAACUCAGGCCCUAUCAUGGACGACUCAAUAACGACAACUGGUUCAAGGUCAUGAUUAGACCAUUUAUCCUCUUUGCGUAUCCCGCCGUCCUUUGGUCUGCCGCCAUUUAUGCGUGCUCCAUUGGAUGGUUGAUUGUAAUCUCCGAAAAUCUGGCCGUCAUCUACCGCAAUCCUGAAGGAUACAACUUCACAGCUCUCCAGGCCGGUCUCGUCUACGUCUCGCCCUUUGUAGGCGGCAUCCUUGGCACCGGUGUGGCGGGCAAGAUUAGCGACAUCAUUGUCAGGGCCAUGGCUCGCCGCAACGGAGGCAUGUAUGAACCAGAGUUUCGUCUCGUAAUGGCCAUUCCGAUCUUGCUUGCCACAUGCGUUGGGCUCAUGGGCUUUGGAUGGUCGGCAGAAGAAAAGGACAACUGGAUUGUCCCCACCAUCUUCUUUGGCAUCACGUCGUUUGGCUGCUCCCUCGGUUCGACCACCUCCAUCACCUUUUGCGUCGACAGCUACCGCCAAUACGCAGGCGAAGCCUUGGUGACGCUCAACUUUUCAAAGAAUGUGCUCCACGGCUUGGUGUUUAGUCUGUUCAUUUCUCAGUGGCUUGCAGCAGAUGGCUCAAAGAAUGUCUACAUCUAUCUCGGCGUCAUCCAGCUCAUCUUUUGUCUUUGCUCCAUUCCCAUGUACAUCUUUGGCAAGAGAGCGCGCAUGUGGACGGCGCGUAUGAAUCUCAUGGAAAAGUUUUAG